CUCGGUACUUCUGAAUUAUUAUUCCUCAAAUGUUGAUUAUGAUUUAAAUUAUGAUUAUACGAAUGAUGGGAACUAUUUACCAGCCCCGAUUUUUGAUCUUGUAUUAUGGAUGAAGAAAAAAUUUUUGUUACUACCGAAUUACUUGUUUUCACCACAACAUUUGAUGGCAGGCCAUAUUUACGAUUAUCUCGUACUCAACGCAUUAUUUGAACUAGCGGAUUUAAGAAUAGCUGAUAUUAUUAAAAGAGAGGGAGGCAAAGUGUCU